UCUCCUCACAUUGUUGGGUUCUUACUUUUCUAAUAUAAAUUUACAAAUUUGGGAUCUAUUGUUGAUCUUAGGACUGGUUACACCGAAUGAGUCAAGAUUCUCUUUCGUGGGCCGGUGCUAGGUGUAUAACUGCGGUGUUCACAUGAAGCUUUGGAUUCAAGUGUAUUCUAUGGAAUGGUAUAGAAAUGACUUUGAAUAAUGAUACCAAAAAAAACAAAAAACAAAAAAACAAAAAAAAAACAAAGAGAAAAUUAUGGAAAAAGCCCUCUUUAAAAGACGUGAGAACUCGAUGACAAUCUCUAAGUAAAGGACUGUAAAGUGUCGUUUUCCUGGGAAACGACAUCGCAAGGUUGGGAAUACACACGCGUUGAACAGGUCUAAUAAAAAAAAAAAGACAGGAAUUCGGUGCGAGGUCACUUGACGUUAUGCGUGGUUAGGAAAGUGAAUCUAGUUGAUCUGCCUGCCUGCCGACGUACUGGCCCCUAAACCGUAUACAAGUGUACUUUCUAUUUUAGUUGUGGCAUGACGACCUAAACGGAAGACGUGCAGACUUAGGCUAUCGCGUGUUUUUAAUUUUUUUAAAAAUUCUAUGCCAUUGUUGGGAUAUCUCAUCGUUUGUGGAACUGUGAGAACCGGUACUUAGAAGCCUGUGCAGUGUAUGAACAAUGUGAAGGCGUAUGUCUUCUGGCUCUGUGUUUUCAACUUCUGGGAAGGCUUCAUCGUCAACGGAGUCAUCAACGUUGUCUUGUCAGCCCUAGAGACUAGAUACUCCUUAUCCAGCACCAAGUCGGGAUUAAUUGCCAGUGCCAAUGAUUUUGGGGCAUUUGUCUUCCUCCUACUUGUGGGUUAUUUUGGCGAGAAGCGUCACAAACCCCGACUGAUGGCAAUGGGGAUUCUGGUGAUGUCUUUGGGCUCCCUCGUCUUCACUUUGCCGCACAUCCUGGGUGGCUCAUACAAGGUUAAAGCCAUAGGAGAGGACAACAGUACGAGCAGCCUUUGCCUUAUAGGAGAGGAGUUAUCUGGCUGUGGGCAAUCCAGCAAGAACUCAGACGCCCACUUGUAUCCCUUGUUCCUAAUUGGUCAGAUCCUGCUGGGCAUCGGCGCCGCCCCGCUCUUCACUAUAGGACUGACCUACAUUGACGAGAACACUGAGACCAAGAUGACAUCUUUGUACACAGGCAUGACAUCGUGUUCAGCGGCUGUUGGCGUGGCUAUAGGCUACGUGGUUGGAGGUCAGACCUUAGACUUGUUUGUUGAUAUAGGAGACGGGAGUACAGGUGACGCCCGAGGUGGACUAACGGCAUCCUGCAAUGCCAACUGCAGCUGCGGAACAGGAACCCUGGAACCCCUGUGCACUGACAGUGGGCUCGUCUACUUUUCUCCAUGUCAUGCUGGUUGCACUGGCUACAAUAGCUAUGGGCAUGAUCUUCUACAUCCUCGCCUCUGUCGUGUACAAACCUCCAGCCAAAGAGGAUAAAGAUGACGACACUUUCGCCACCAUUGGCAAAGACAACCUUGCCUACAUAAGCGGUGAUUUAGAGCCCAACCCCGCCCACAACGGUUCUUCACAACCUCACGGAAAUACGCCCCAACACCAAGAGGCUGGUCAAACUAGUUUUUCUUCAGUGUCUGUCAAUGGAGGGGGUGAUAGCAACAAAGAUGCUUUACCUGGCAAUACCACAACCACAGCCUCACAGAACGCGAACCCAAACCUCGAAAAACAUGUAGAGUCGGCUGUCAUGACACAUUUGUGAUAACAACAUAAUACGUUUAAUCCAAUAUACCUUGAUUAGUCUUGAAAGUUGUUGUAAGUGUAAAUAACUUGUCAAAAAGGGAAAACUUCUUGGUCUGCGAUUAAAAUCAUACGACGCAUGACUGACAUUGUAACAAUAUAAUAUCACUUUGAUUCUGAUACACCACGAGAAAAUAAUUGAAUAACUAUCAUGUAAAUUGAAAUAAUCGUAAAAGUACAUAUUUUUUGUCUCAAAUCUGGUCUCCAUCUUUUUCGACUGUAUUUCUGUUCUCCAUACAUUCUGGAUCGCUAUCGUUGCACGUUGUGUCUCAUUCAGUCUUUUUUUUUUUUUUUUGGAUUCUCUGAGUUGACAUAUCUAGUAUAGACUCUAGAGUAGAUUUUGUCAUUAAGUCCCUUCAUAAACACAUCACCAAAGGACAGUGAUUUUCUCUUAAUUUUAGUGGCGGGCUUCACAUUUAUUUUGAAAUGCAGUAUGUUUAAAAAACAACAACACCUAGGCUAUCUUUUCAGCUGUUUGACUGUUUGUGAGUUGUUUCUGUAGACUAGAUCUGUCAAAAAAUAUAAAUACAUACAUAUAUUAAAGGAAAUUAUCAAGGGGGUUCAAGUUAAGGGAAUACGGAGACUAUUCAGUUGUAAACUUUAUUGCAACCAUGCAAGGACCACUCUUGGUGAGUAAGGUGUGGCCUCACCCAACUGGAGCUAGACCUUCUCAACAGCACAAUCCCAAUUCUCCUUCCCAAACUUCUCCAAAACUUUAUCAGCAAGGUGAGAUAUCCAUCUCCCCUGCUGGUGGGGGCCCCCGUAGUUUUACUAUGGGGGAGCAAAGAAUACACCUGCCAUGAUACUGCGUGUCGUAAGAGGCGACUAAAAGUG